GGUCAAUGCCCAAAGAAUAAAUUUGGUAUGUUCUGUAAGUCCAAAUGUCAUUGUAAGUCAUCUGCAUCAUGUGACACAGAUACAGGAGUAUGCCUCGGAACAGUAUGUGAAAACAGCUACAUGGGACCAAAUUGCCAACAGAGAAAAAUUGUGCCAAAAUAUAACCAGAAAAAUGACAAGAAAUUAUCGGUUGUAUUUGAUGGAAACAUACAGAAUACAAAAGCUACACAUUGUUAUCAUACCCAGCACACGAAAGAUUCAACAGUAUCCAUGUGGGUUGGCAAGGUGAAAAUAAAAAGACUUGUGAUUUAUACACUCCAAUCAGAAAUAAAAUUAUUCCAGAAUUUUAAAGUGUAUGCUAGUGAUAGGAAAAAUAUUUCGAAUGGAACACUUCUCUAUGAAAAUUCACAUGCAAUUAACCCGAAUGGAAUUGUAGACAUAAAUUUCCCUCUGAGUAAAUAUGGAAAUAGACUGUUCAUUGUUUUACCAGGAAAUAAUCGCAAAUUAAAUCUCUGUGAGGUGUUAAUUGGUGGCGAUUGCAACAGUGGGUGGUUUUCUGAAAACUGCAGCAGAGAAUGUCACUGCAAGAGACCGACAAAAUGUAAUUCCACUAAUGGUGAUUGUCUUGGUGGUUGUAUUCCUGGCUGGAAAGGCAGCAACUGUUACACAAAAUGUUCAGAAGACAAAUAUGGAGAAGAUUGUCAGCAAUCCUGUCCUUCUGGCUGCCUUGAUGGUGUUUGUCAUCAUAUAACUGGUUAUUGCACAAAUGGCUGCCAACCAGGUUACAUCGGAAAUCAAUGUGAUAGAGUCUGCUACCGCCAUACGUAUGGCAUUGGAUGUAAUAAGAAUUGCAGUGAGACAUGCAUUGACCAACUUUGUCAUCAUGAGACUGGAAAUUGUACAAAAGGCUGUUUGCCUGGUUUCAAAGGUGGCCACUGCCUAGCCAAAUGUAACCGACAUACUUAUGGUUACCAGUGUACUAGGAAAUGCAGUGCAAAUUGUCUUCAUCAAACCUGUAACCACAUAAAUGGACGUUGUAUUAAUGGAUGUGUGCCAGGUUAUCAAGGACACUAUUGUAAUUCAACCUGCAGUAAUAACAAAUAUGGCUUCCGAUGUUUAAACAACUGCAGUAAAUUUUGUGUUGAUCAGGAAUGUAAUCAUGUCAAUGGACAUUGCACGAAAUAUUGUAAUCCUGGGUACCAAGGUCAACGAUGUGAUACCUCUUGUGAACAUCCAUUUUAUGGAAGUGGAUGCAUGACAGUUUGCAGUGAACACUGCGUAGAUGGAAAAUGUCACCAUGUCACUGGGUUUUGUAAUAAAGGUUGUGAACCUGGCUAUCUAAAUCCACUUUGCAUCACAGCAUGUCCUCGUACCUACUUUGGGCAAGAUUGUUCCAAGAAAUGUAACCACACCUGUUAUAACCAAACAUGCCAACAUUUCAAUGGAUCUUGUUUAGAAGGAUGUAUCCUAGGUUAUACAGGAACACACUGUUCGAAAGUUAUUCAGAGUGGAGAACAAUCCCAGCUUGACAUGUUUCACAUCUUAACAGCAGCCCUUGUUGCAAAUAUCAUCAUCCUCAUAUUAUGUGUUUUGUGCUUCCGAUAUUUUCGAAGUCCAAAGACACAACCUCCAAAACUUCUUGCAGAACAAGCAUUUGCAAUGGGUACAGUUGAACAUGCUGAGGAAUCAGAUCAUUUGAUGUCGGAUCAAACAAAUGGAGGACUGAGAUUAACAGCAUCCCUGCAAUCUUCAUCAAACCAUGGUUUGCGUUUACAAUUUGGAAUUAUGGAGGUUCUAGAUGGCAGCAAUGCUGAUAUCCAGUGUGAGGAUGAAAUUAUUUAUAUGAAUGUUGGGGAAAAUGAUAUCAUUAUUCCUGAUUCCAUCCCAGUCGAUGAACUUCAGUCAUACAUUCAAAAUAAACGAAAUUUUGAAGGGGGUUUCGGUGCUGAAUACAGGAGAUUAUCCCAGAAUACUGAAGCAACAUGCAAAGCUGCCAAUCUGCAGGAAAAUAAAGCAAAGAAUAGAUAUAAAAAUAUUGUUGCAUAUGAUCAUUCACGAGUGAUUUUGGAGAAAUGCAAAGAUAGUGAUUCUGACUAUAUCAAUGCUAAUUACAUCGAUGGUUUUAAUAAACCAAAGAAAUAUAUUGCUUCUCAAGGACCCACUUCAGCAAUCAUUACGGACUUUUGGCAAAUGUUGUGGCAAGUAAAUUGCACCAAGUUAGUCAUGUUAACCAAUUUGAUUGAAACAGGCAAAACAAAAUGUGAAAAGUAUUGGCCAGAUAAAGAAGUCAAAAUUUCUGGAGAUUUAAAGAUUCGAUGUAUACGAGAGCAAAACUUCAGUGAUUUUACCAUCAGAUCAUUCUUUUUGCAAAAGGGUGAAGAACCAGUGAGAAAACUGGAUCAGUUUCACUUUACCUCCUGGUCAGAUCAUGGAGUUCCUCCAACUCCAACAGGUUUAGUUAAUUUCAUGAUGAAAAUUCGUAAUGAUUCUGAGGCAGAAACUGGACCACUUGUGGUACACUGCAGUGCUGGAAUUGGCAGGAGUGGCACAUUUAUUGCCCUAGAUUUCUUGAUGGAUGAAGCUUUACAUCAAGGUACCAUAGAUAUUUUUGGAUGUGUAAAUCGGAUGAGAAAAGCCAGACUGAAUAUGGUACAAAUUGAGGAUCAAUAUGAAUUCAUUUACUUUGCGCUUGUGGAAAGUAUAUUUUUACAGCAGACACAAGUAACCAUUGAGAAUUUCCCCAGUUUUUAUCAGAAGUUAAAUGAAGAAAAUGAGGAAAAUGUUUCUUGUAAAACUCUUCUGCAGCAACAUUUCCAGGAACUACAAGAACUCGAAUAUCCUCAUACAUCACAAGAAUUUUUAGAAACAGCAAAAUUGAAAAAUAAUUUGAAUAAAACGCGUGUGAAAAAUAUUCUUGCUAGUGACUUGUAUCGACCAUAUCUAAAGCCUGCACCUGAUGGCCAGCCACGAUAUAUCAAUGCGGUUUAUCUACCUAGUCAUGAAAAUCCCCGCAAUUAUAUAGCAACCCAAAUGCCGAUGAAAGAAACAAUUGAAGAUUUUUGGCAAAUGGUUUGUGAUAUCCAAAGUAGCACAAUUGUGAUGCUGAAUAGUGAUGAUUCUAUGGAUGAAACCUGCUGUAAAUAUUGGAAGGACGAUGGUGAAAUUGAGUUUGGACAUAUUAUUGUCCAUAGCAGUAAGGCGGAAGAAAAGACAGACUUUAUGGAAAGAAUAUUGUUCAUACAAAAUUCAGAAACGGGAAAACAGUUGAGUGUGAAACAGUACCAAUACACAUCAUGGCCAGCUACAUCUGCAGUACCAAACAAUACUGUAUCCUUCUUACAUAUGAUUGAAGAAAUUAAACAACAUAUUCAACAAACACAGACAAAUCCAAAAGCACCAAUGGUUGUUCACUGCUUGAAUGGUGCUGAACGAAGUGGAUUGUUUUGUGUUGUAUUUUCUUCCCUGUUAUUAUUACAAAAAGAAAGAACUGUAAAUAUUCCAUAUAUUAUACGGACUAUGCAGUUACCCAGGCCACAGGUUCUUACAGAUUUGGACCAAUUUAAAUUUUGCUAUACAGCUGUCAUGGAAUAUAUUGACCGAUUCCAAGCUUAUGGAAAUGUAUAAAUGGACCAAGUUCGAAAAAUGUCUUGCUUUAUGUACAUAAAUAGUGUUCUGAUCUGAACUGUAUUAUUAUUAUUUGUUAGGUAAGGGGACAAUUACUGAUGAAGUAGAAGACAAUGUCAAACUCCCAACUUUUAAACAUAUUAUUAUUAUUAUUAUUAUUAUCA